CGGUUCGCUGCUUAUUCUCCCGACAAAGUCUACCGCGAUCGGACGUCAGUCGUCGCGGAGCAAGUUUUUCCGUUUUCAGUUUUCCCACCAGCCAUUCGCGAAAAAGGCGCGAGCGGAAAAGUGCGUGCGUGCAUGCGUUGUGAGUGUUGCGCAGGCGCGGGUAGCGGAGAAAAUUGGCCACACCUUCGGGAGUGUUUUUCCGAUUUGGUUUUUUUGAGUUGCGCGUUGUGAUGAUUUUUACCCGAUUGAACUGCGUCGCCGUAACGGGCGGAGUCCUGGCACUGAUCGGUGCCAUUUUCGCGCUCUUCUGGGGUGAUAUUCUGGAUGCCAUAAUCGUAAAGGAAAAAUCCCUCACCCCCACAUCGAAAGCGUUCAAGCAGUGGAAACGUCCGCCGUUCCUGCUGAACUGGGAGAUCACCUUCUUCAACUGGACCAAUGCGGAAGAUUUUCUGACGAACAAAACGACCAAACCGGCGUUCGCGGAAGUGGGACCGUACGCCUACACGGAAACUUCCGAAAAGGUGGACGUUCGGUUUAAUACGAAAAAUUCCACCAUAAGCUUCCGGAAGCGAGUUUACUUCAAUCCGGUGGAAGCUCUUACCCGAGCUCGGCUGGAUGAGGAGAUUACUAGUAUCAACAUGGUGGCUCUAUCGGCGGCCAGUCGGGCAAGCUUCUGGGGAUAUGCGGCCCAGCGGGCCGUUUCGUUUGGUUUGUUUACAUAUCGGCAGGAGAUUUCGGUGACUCGGACGGCGAGUGAGUUGCUGUUUGAAGGCUAUCCGGAACCGAUGAUCCAGCGGGCGCAGGAGAUAUUGAGCUUCAUUGGAGAGGACAUUCCUUUCGAAGGACGGUUCAGUUGGUUUCAUACGAUUAACGCAUCGAAGAAAGCCUACGGAGUGUUCAAUAUGGACUCGGGACGAGAGGAUUCCGGUCAAUAUGGUUUGAUUCGGGCGUGGAACUACAAGAGUAAAACGGACACCGCUAGUGGCGAGUGUGGAAAAUUCCGUGGCUUCUCGGGGGAUAUUUUCCCAACGAAGAUCCGAAAGGAUCGUCCGCUGGGGAUUUUCACACCGGAAAUGUGUCGUAUGGUUUCGUUCGAGUUCGAACGGGAAGAGGAUAUUUAUGGGGUGAAGGCCUACCGAUUCGUGGGUAGCGAAAGAACCAUCGAUAAUGGAUCGCUGUAUGCCGAAAAUCAGUGUAACUUCGGACCCGAAUGGAUGCCCUCGGGGGUGAUCAACAUCACCGAGUGUCGCCUUGGAGCUCCCUUCUACAUGUCGUUCCCCCACUUUUACCUGGGCGAUCCGUACUAUCGGGAGCACAUCGAUGGCAUGCAGCCCAACAAGGAUCGGCAUCAAUUUUUCUUCACCAUCGAACCAACAACCGGACUGGUCUUGAAUGCGUCCAUUCGGUUUCAGAUUAAUGUUUUGCUGAGGCAGUUUCCAUCGAUAGCCCUCUAUCAGGAUGCUCCACGGUCCUACAUUCCAGUUCUGUGGUUUACGCGCAACUUCGAAAUGCCCCAAGAGGAAGUGCAGAAAAUCAAAGACUUGCUAAGCAUAUCUCAGCUUGGCUAUAAGGGCAGCUUUGCGGUGAUUGGUGCUGGCCUCCUGAUUGGGCUGCUAGCGCUAGUUCUAGGCUGCGCCUUCAAAACCGCUAAGAUCAAGAAGCAACCCGGGAGUGGAGCUGAAACCGAAGACCGAACGGUUUGCAAUGGAGACGCACGAGGGGAUUAUCAUGCAGUGCAGAAUGGGAACCAAAAUAAGGAACGAAUAAAACUUUGAUAGUUAUCAA